AUCUGUCAUAAAGAAAACUUUAUCACCACUUUGACAACUUACAACGAGCAACGCCACAAAAAGUUCUGUAGUGAUUCUUUAAACCGACUCGUAAUUAAGUACGUUUGUAUGUAUCAAGUUAUGUGACAGUGAUUAAACGUAGUAGUGAUGUGGACUUUUACAGAUAUCAAGUUAUGCCGUUUGGUUUUUAAUGUUAGUAUCUCUCACUUUCUCCAAUGAGCUAAAUAAAUAGCGUUAUGAAAUUGAGUAAUAUUUCUUACGGCGUCAAGACUUUGCCGAAAAGGUGUUAAGAAUGCAUGGUGUGACUGUUGAACUCACCCAAGGCACAAAUUACCGACUCAAUCGAUUAAUAGAUAUUAUGAAGAGUGUAAGAAUAAAGUUAAGCGGAGGACCAGCGUCGUCAAAGAUGAAGUCCGGAUCACAAAACGCUCCUUUGGCGUCUAGUUUGUACUACGAGAACUACGCAUAUGCCACCAGCCUCGCCUCCAUUCCUGGUCAGACACAUGCGGAAGCGUCAGAUUUGUACAACAUGAGUACCGAGGGGCAGUACUCUGCGGCGACGUUGCUGUCAUGGAGGAAGUUACACUUGAGUCGAGCAAAGCUGAAGGCGAUCAACAAAACGUCAGCCCUCAUGUCUGGCUUCGCCAUGGUGGCAAUGGUGGAAAUGCAACUCAAUGAUGACACCAAAGUCCCACCCGGAUUGUUAGUUGCCUUUGUCAUUUGCACUAGUCUUUUAGUAGCUGUUCACAUGCUCGCACUAAUGAUCAGUACGUGUAUAUUACCAAAUGUCGAAGCUGUUUCCAAUCUUCAUAACAUUAAUAUUGUGGAGGAGUCACCGCAUGAGAGAAUGCAUUGGUAUAUUGAAGCAGGAUGGGCUUUCAGUACAGUUUUAGGAAUAUUCCUGUUUCUCUGCGAGCUAGCAAUUUUAUGUUGGGUCAAAUUUUACGACUACUCAAUGAUGGCUGCUUCGUCAGCCACGAUUGUUAUGGUGCCAGUACUAAUUCUGUUUAUUGUUUUCGCCAUUCACUUCUACCACAAGUUGGUGGUACAUAAAUACGAACUCACAGAGACUGGACUACGAGAGUUGGAACAAUUGAAACAAAAUUUGGACUCGACGGGGCAAAAUAAUGCUGGAAAUUCGCAGCCUUCGCCCAACCGAAAUAUAAAUAUUGUAUAGAUAUUUAUAUAUAUAUAAAUACAUGUGUACCUAAUUUUACCAAUUCAUCAUUAUGAUUAGUCUUAACACCGUUAUGUUUCCUAUUAUUUACUGGUUUCUUACCUCUUUCUGAAACGUCAUCUCAUAAUGUUAUCGACAUUGUCGAAUAAGCUCAUAGAUCCUCAUUCAGGUGAUGUAAUUGCCAUAAUUUACGCAAUCAAAUAAUAAAGUUUGUUUUACAGAAGAUAAUACGAAAGAUUA